UCGACCUUGAAAGUUGAAAGUAAAAAAAAAAAAAACAUAUCCCUUUCCUCAAGAAAUCUACCAAUACCAAGACCUUUUCUCAUCUCCUCCAUCCUCUUCGUUUAUUUUAAUUUUCUAAUUCUAGGGUUAGGGCUCUUAAUCGAUUUCGCGAAAGAUCUAAAAUCUAGAAAUGGGUGGAGAAGGAGAUUCGAGUAAGCCGCUGACUUCCGUCGAUGCCACCGGCGAAGGAGAAGGAGAAAGAGGAUCUCUCGUGGCCGUCAACGUCAGAUGCUCGAACGGAUCCAAAUUUAGCGUGAGCACGAGUCUCGAUUCGACGGUGGAAUCCUUCAAAGAGCUGGUUGCGCAGAACAGCGACGUCCCAGCGAAUCAGCAGCGAUUGAUUUACAAAGGUCGCAUCCUCAAAGACGAUCAAACGCUUCUCAGCUAUGGUUUGCAGGCUGAUCACACCGUUCAUAUGGUUAAAGGCUUUGCGCCAUCUUCCGCACCACCUCCUCCUUCUGCUCCUGUUACCACUGCACCUUCUGUUACUCAAGAUAACUCCUCAAAUCUGGGAGAAUCUUUGUUCCCUGGGCUUGGAUUCAACCCUCUAGGUGGUGGUGGUGGUGGUGGUAACGCUAUGGCUGGGUUGUUUGGAGCCGGUCUUCCGGAUCUUGAGCAGGCUCAGCAACAACUAGCUCAGAACCCUAACAUGAUUAGAGAUAUGAUGAACACACCAGCCAUCCAGAAUCUUAUGAACAACCCUGAGUUUAUGAGGAGUAUGAUCAUGAGUAACCCUCAGAUGCGUGACCUUGUUGAUCGCAACCCUGAGCUUGGCCAUGUGCUUAAUGAUCCUAGCGUCCUUAGGCAGAGUCUGGAAGCUGCGAGAAACCCGGAGAUAAUGAGGGAGAUGAUGCGGAAUACUGAUAGGGCCAUGAGUAAUAUUGAGUCUAUGCCUGAAGGGUUUAACCAUCUUAGGCGUAUGUAUGAGAAUGUCCAGGAGCCGCUCAUGAAUGCUACUUCUAUGUCCGGGAAUGGUGGGAACAAUGCGGCUUCUAAUCCUUUUGCUGCUCUCCUUGGGAGCCAGGGGGUUACUACUACACAAGGUAGCGAUGGUUCUAAUAAUUCUUCGACUCCUAGUGCUGAAACGGGGACAGGAAAUGGUGUUCCCAAUGCAAACCCGCUUCCUAAUCCUUGGGGUGCUACUGCUGGCCAGACAAAUGCCCCAGGAAGAACAAAUUCUGGUGUGGAUGCGAGAAGCACUGGACUUGGUGGUCUAGGAGGACUUGGUGGUCUUGGGGGCCUUGGUGGACUGGGUAUGCUUGGAGCGGAUUCACCUCUUGGUGCCACUCCAGAUGCUUCUCAGUUGAGCCAGAUAUUGCAAAAUCCAGCCAUGUCCCAGAUGAUGCAAAGCAUGCUUUCCAAUCCACAAUACGUGAACCAGCUUAUCAAUCUCAACCCACAACUCCGAAGUAUGCUUGAUUCGAAUCCUCAGUUGAGGGAAAUGAUGCAGAACCCAGAUCUCCUUCGUCAAUUUAGCUCCCCUGAGAUGAUGCAGCAAAUGAUGACUCUACAACAAAUACUUUCGCCUCAGAAUAGGAAUACGACCAGCCAGGAACCAGGGCAAACUGGUGGUGCUGUCGCAGGAGCAGGCGGCAAUAACGGAGGAGGGCUGGAUUUAUUGAUGAAUCUAUUUGGCGGUCUUGGUACUGGCGGCCUGAGUGGCACAAACCAACCCAAUGUUCCUCCUGAGGAACGCUUUGCGACACAGUUGCAGCAGCUACAAGAAAUGGGAUUUAUUGACACAGCAGAGAACAUAAGGGCUUUGCUUGCAACCAAUGGAAAUGUUAACGCUGCUGUAGAACGACUCUUGGGCAGUAUUGGCCAGUAGCAGCAGCAGCAGGAUCUUGAAACUUGUGGAUAGAAAAAGCCGCGUCAAUACGGUAUUGGUGGUCAUCGUCUCUCUUCACCCAUCAUCUCCCCAAAACCUUUUUUUAAUAUAUUUUGGGUCUUGGUCGUUUUAUCUCAGAUUUUAUUUGAAGUUGUUACAACACAGUACAUCUGUAAGACCUGGUUUGGCAACUUGGAAUGGCUACUACGUUUUACGUUUUCCUAAAAGAUUUUCGUUCUGAUGUGGUGUUGUUCAUCGUUAAGAGAUUUCAAAUAGGUUUUUUUGUUUGAUGCACUUUUAGGAUAAGUAUCGAGGAUAAGUCAAAACUGAAACUGAACCGAACAACAAAAAGAUUUUUUUUCGCUCGGCUUGAUUACUUCCUGUGUUAAUAUGAUAAAUGAAAAAUAUCAUUAUC